CAUGUUUGUUCUAAAUCACUCUUUAACUCUUUCUAUACCGCCCCAGCUAAAAUCAGUCCUGUGGGACUGAUGACUUCAAAAUCGAAUUGUGAAACAACCACUGGUCGUCUCGCAGGCUAUAAAAGCUCAAAAUACGGCUUUUGAAUCAGCCAAUCAGAUUCAAGUAUUUUCGUUUCCGUGUGAGUUGUAGAUUCGGGCCAGCAACAUCACAAACAUUCAAAAAACAAAAUGGCGAAGGCUGGAAGCUCAAGGAGAAUUUCUCUUGAAGAUGCUGUCAAUUAUAUGCUUGAAACUGAUGAUUCUGACAUCGAUUCAUGUCAUGGGGGCCUCAGUAGUGACGAAGAAGAAAGAAUAGAUAAUGCUUUAUUGGGUUACUACUCGGAUUGGGAUGAAAAUGAUCCAAAUGCUGAUGUUGAAAGCAAUCUUGUCGGUCGCUCAUCACCGCCUCCUUCUUCACCGCCACCGCCGCUGUCCACAAACUCGACUGAAACGUUGAACAAUGAAAGUCAAGUAACUGCUCUAAAUUCUGCUGUUUCUCUAACAUUCUGUGCCAAUAAUAAUGUUCCUGACCAUGCCACAGUCACUAAUGAGCCCAGUACGAGAAUUUCUCGUCGCACGCGCCUUCCUCGAAAACAGGUUAUUGAUUUGGGGUCAACCGAUGAUGACUGCGAUAACAAAGAAAACAUUUGCGAGAAACAUACCUCUACAAAAAAAGGUAAAAAGAAGCCAGCUAACAAGAAACCAGCCAAUAAGAAGCCAGCUAAUAAGGAGCCAGUAGCACAUAAGAAUACCAAGAGUUAUGAUGAUCCAGAUACUCCAAACAUUCUACCAGAUUUUACUCCGACACGUGACCCAGGAUUGCAUUGUGAUGUUCCAUUGAUACGCGGCGUUCAAGAAAUUGAUUUUUUCCAACUAUUCUUUAGUGAGGAAUUGAUUCAGGAUAUAGUGAAGCAUACUAAUACAUAUGGCUGGAGAAACAUCAGCAAAAAGAAAAGUUGUGCAAAAAAAGAUGGGUCAUGGAAAGAAACCUCUGUCCACGAGAUGAAGCAAUUUAUCGCUUUACUUAUGUACAUGGGUAUCGUGCGGCUACCGCGACACGACCGAUACUGGAGUGUCAAAUCACUGUUUCAUGGUUUAUGGGCAAGGGAGAUGCUGUCCAGGAGUAGGUUCUACGCUUUGUUGUCCAUGCUACAUGUUGUGGAUCCUGAGGAGGAACAAGGUCAUAAGCUAUAUUUAGAUACACGUCAACACAUAUUUGCCCUAUAUUUUACAUGCAAAAAUGUGUAAAACGUCAAAGAAUCAAAGUUGACUAACCUGAAACUCCUUUGUGGACAUAUAAACCACCUCCUUUUUCACCUCCUUCAUUGCCUCCAUUGUCUCCAUUGUCCUCACAAUUUUCCGCCUAAAGUAUUUCAAAAUGCUACUGAAUGACAUCUUUUUAUUCACACAUUGUUAAUCGAAUUCUUUUUAUUUACUUACAUCCUUGCAUGGUUCACAAGGUUUGAUAGGAUCGUAUACAAACCCUGUGGGACAGCGGCAAACUGUGUCUUUCGUCGCUGAACAUUUUUCUUUCACAAUCUCAUUCCUUUUGCAUGACUGGCACCUGUUAAAGAAUCAGUAAAAUUAACAACAGAGUGUCUUUUAAUUUAAUUUAUCGAAAAAAAAGCUUCCUUGCUUAUAUAACAGAUAUUUUUAUCCAAAAUUUUAUGUCGGUGAAAAUCACACUGCACAUUUAUAAGACUUAAGUACUACAAUAACUUCCAAGCUCCCAUUGAUAAGAGAUAUAACACUGAACAUAUGCCGGUAUUCACCGAAGAGAAACGAAAUUGUAAAGUCUGUUACGCAGAGUUGAAGAAGCAAGUCCGUGUUUACACGAAGUGUUCUGCUCCACAAUGUGAUGUUUAUUUGCACUUUACAAAAGAAAAUAAUUGUUUUCAGAAGUGGCAUACAACAUUCAAACACUAGGAAAAACAUUCAUUUGUGCAAAUUUUCUUUUGUUUGUAUUCCUGUUCUUUAUUAGGAUUUGAACCGAUUAUUCGUCGGUUUACGAUAAUUCUCUAAAUAGGAGGAGGCUGCUUCAUGUGACCAUAUCUCCGGAA